AAUGCAGCUCUGCAGCCAAUGAGUAAAAGAGCAGCAUCAAGGAAUCGUACAAUCACCAGCCAGAGACGCCUGAGAACACCUUGAUCAGUGCAUCUAGCCUCUCGCAAAAGGAUGGCCCCGACAAACACCAAGCCCAAGUACGAGUUUGGCGGCCCGCUAGGCACCGCAGCUAUCGUCUUUGGCCUGCCCGUGCUGCUCUACUUCUUCUACUUUACCUGCAACGACGUCACCGGAUGUCCUGCGCCGGCCCUCCUCGAGCCUCGCUCGCUCUCACUGGCAGGGUUGAAGAGUCAAAUCCCGUGGCCUGAAGAUGGCAUUUGGGGGUUCGCCAGCUGGGAGGCCAGCGGCUGGUUGACGGGCUACUAUCUGCUCAGCCUGGUGCUGUAUCGAGUGCUUCCUGGACAGGAGCUCUACGGCACGAAGCUGAGAGAAUCCGGCCGACCACUCAAGUACAAGCUCAAUGCAUUCUCUUCUACCCUCGUUCAGCUGGCUGCGUGCGCCAUAGGAACGUAUCUGUACGGCUCUGACUUUGCCGUUUGGACCUUCAUCGACAGAAACUACCUGCAGCUAUACACGGCCAAUCUCAUACUAUCGUACGCCAUCUCAGCAUUCGUAUACAUACGAAGCUUCAGCGUCAAACCAGGCAACAGCGAACUUAGAGAGCUCGCCCAAGGAGGCCACACGGGCAACAUCAUGUACGACUUCUUCAUCGGUCGUGAACUGAACCCCCGCAUCACACUCCCCCUGUUCGGCGAGAUUGAUCUCAAGGUCUGGCUCGAAAUGCGCCCUGGCCUGACGGGCUGGAUCCUGCUCGAUCUCGCCUUUGUAGCCAAGCAAUAUCGGAACUACGGAUACGUGUCCGACAGCAUUCUCUUUGUCACCGCUGUGCAGACGUACUACGUCCUCGAAGGCCAAUAUGCCGAAGCGGGAGUCCUGGGCAUGAUGGACACCAUCACCGAUGGCUUGGGCUUCAUGCUCACCUUUGGCGACAUCGUCUGGGUGCCCUUCCUCUACUCCACCCAGACACGCUACCUCUCCGUCUACCCUCUUCAACUGGGUUGGACAGGAAUCAGCAUCGUGUCGGCUGUAUUCGCCGUAGGAGUCUACAUAUUCCGCGCCUCCAACUCGCAGAAACGCAUCUUCCGCACACAGCCCGACCACCCCAGCGUCAAAGACAUGCCCUACAUCCAAACCAAGAGAGGAACUCGUCUUCUCGCCGGCGGCUGGUGGGGAGCAUCGCGCCACAUCAAUUACUUUGGCGACUGGCUGCAGGCUUCACCAUUCAGUCUUCCUACUGGCGUGGCAGGCUACCUGAUUCUUCCGGCUGGCACAAUUGCUUCUGCUGGAGCAGGUGUGGCAACGAUGCUGGACGGCCGAGAGGUGGUGCAGGGUGCGGCGAGGGGAUGGGGCAUGGUGUAUACGUAUUUCUACGUCGUCUACUUUGCCUCGCUAUUGAUACAUCGUGAGAGGAGGGAUGACGCUGCGUGUGCGGAAAAGUAUGGUGACGACUGGGACAAGUACAAGAAGGCUGUUAGGUGGAGGAUCUUGCCAGGUCUCUACUAG